AUGGUUGCUUUUGCGAGCAACGUCUUGAGCAAGCUUUGCUCCCAGGACCAGCUCACCCUUCUGGACUCGAUCGACCGUCUCCGCUUUCAAGGCAUCAACAACUACAUUUCCUUGCCACAGAUCAUUGUCUGCGGCGACCAGUCAUCCGGCAAGAGUUCCGUGCUCGAAGCCAUUUCGGGUGUCUCUUUUCCAGUCAAGAGCAACCUGUGCACGCGUUUCCCAACGGAACUGGUCUUGCGCAAGACACCGCACAUCGGCGCCCGUGUGUCCAUUGUUCCUCAUGAAUCCCGCCCCGAGGAUGAGCGGAAGGCUCUCCUAGCCUUCCGUGAGGAGCUGCACGGGUUCGAAGACCUUCCCGACCUGAUCGAGAAGGCGAAGGCCGAGAUGGGCAUCACAACGCAUGGCAAAGCCUUCGCCAAGGACAUCCUCCGCAUCGAAGUCACCGGCCCAGACCGUCCUCAUCUCACCAUCGUCGACCUUCCCGGCCUCAUCCACUCCGAGACAAAGAAUCAGACGGCUUCGGACGUUCACCUCAUCCAGGACGUCGUGAAGUCCUAUAUGAGGGAGCCGCGCUGCAUUAUCCUCGCCGUGGUAUCAGCCAAGAACGACUUUGCCAACCAGGUGGUCCUGAAGCUGGCUCGGGCCGCCGACCAGCACGGCAAACGUACCUUAGGCGUGAUAACGAAACCCGACGCUCUUGUCCCGGGCGGUGAGAGUGAAGCCAACUAUGUCUCUCUCGCCAGGAACCAGGAAGUCGAGUUCCACCACGGUUGGCACGUUCUGAAGAACAUGGACUCUGAGAAAGGCUCGUCGGACCUUUUGACCAGGGAUGCCGAGGAAUCCGCCUUCUUCAGUUCGGGUGUCUGGAUUUCCCUUCCCUUUUUGUCACUCGGAAUCGACAGGCUGCGCAACCGUCUUAGCAAGGUUCUUUUGGGACAGAUUGCUACCGAACUUCCAAGCCUGAUGGAUGAGAUCGAGCAGAGGUUCAAGUCCUGUGAAGCUCAGCUCGAGAAACUCGGAGACCCACGGGCAAGCCCUGAGGAGCAGCGACUAUACCUGGUCCACUUGAGCCAGUCUUUCCAGGCGCUCGUCAAGUCAUCGGCCGAUGGUAACUACGACAGCUCGUUCUUCUCUGACGCUAAAACCCAACCUGGUUACGAACAACGCAUCCGGGCCGUUGUUCAAAACCUCAACGAGGACUUUGCGUCUAAGCUGUCGCUUCAAGGUCACUACCGCCAGGUCGUCGACGGCACACCUGAGACCGUGGACGCUUCUUCCGAUCCCCAGAAAGUGGUGCAAAUCUCCAGGGAUGACUUCAUCCAGCAGAUCGAGCAACUGAUGCGCAAGACGCGGGGCCGUGAGCUGCCCGGCACCUUCAACCCAAUGAUCGUCAUUGACCUGUUCCGUGAGCAAUCCCGCCCCUGGGAGGAAAUCGCGCGACGCCACGUGGAAAAGGUGUGGGAGGCUACCUCGACCUUCAUCAAGCUUGUCGUUGCGCACACGGCAGACGCGUCGACGGCCAAGGCCCUCCAGCAAGAGGUGUUCGGCCCAGCCAUGACGGACAUCCUGAAGGAAAUGCGCAACAAGACCACGGAGCUACUGAAGCCGCUUCAGAGCGGCCACCCGGUUACCUACAAUCGCCAUUUCGCCGAAACCCUCCAGAAAAUGCGCGAAACCAGGCGUAGAAGGAAUCAGGAAACGAUUCUCUAUGACUUCCUCAGCGCUUCCUCGACCGAGUCAAACGUCCGUCUAAACGGCACGUACAAUCUCAAAGGCCUUUCUGACGCUUUGAUUGCGAGUCAUGAGCCGGACGUGAGGCGGUCCGCCGCCGGCGACGCCAUGGAUUGUCUGAAUGCCUACUACAAGGUUGCCCUGGAACGGUUCGUCGACGACGUGGCGGUCGAAGUGAUUGAGGCCAAGCUCAUGUCCGCUCUGGACGGCAUCCUGUCGCCUCUCUCGGUCUAUCUGAUGCCCGCCGACGAAGUGGCUCGCAUCGCCGGGGAGUCCGAGGAGACCCGUGCGGAGCGUGACCAGCUCAACAAGCAGCUCGACGUGCUUCGAAACGGCCUGGAGACGUGCAAGCGUUUUGUGGGGUUCAGGAUCAAUGGGGGUGCGAACGACCAAUAA